AACAUUUCCUUUCCUUCAGAUUCAACCAAACAUAGACAAAAUUACCGACAAUGUUCUCAAUCGAAUCAACCUCAAGUGAGUCUGUCUCGUCACUGAUGGGCUGGAUCAGUUUUGCUUGUUGGCUUCUCGUUUACACGCCCCAAAUUUAUGAAAACUAUGUUUACAAGAGUGGAGAAGGCGUUUCGAUCUCCUUCGUCGUGAUAUGGAUGAUUGGCGACUUGACGAAUUUAUUUGGGGCGGUCAAACAACAUUUAUUACAAACGAUGAUCAUCUUGUCGAUCUAUUACACGCUCUGUGACUUGGUCUUACUCCUCCAGAUCUUUCACUAUCGUCGUUAUCACCGACAGAGGGCAGCUAAAACGGUCUCACUCAACGCCCCUGGAUCCGAAACCGGGAACGUCGUGAGCAAUGGCAUGGCUUCUGAACGUGCAGAGGCCGAAGAAACCUCGCCUCUUUUGUCUCGGAAUGAUGAUUCGAAUCAGUUGGAGAAUACCAAAGGAUCCCCCAAAUCCAUAUGCAAUCAAUUAUAUCGCGCGCUGAAUUACUGCUCGCAAGCCUUGCCCAGCUACAUCACUGUUUACGGCUUGAUCCUCGUUAUCGGUUUCCUCGGCUGGUCGAUCUCUCAAAACCCCCGCUUAGACCCUCAAGAUCCUAAAACACCCCCACCUGCCAAUGACGGUAGCGGCAGUGGAAAUAGACCGACUGAAACCUGGGAUAUUACCGCUCAGAUCAUGGGUUGGAUUAGCGCGUUUGCUUAUCUCAGCAGUCGAGUCCCUCAAAUCUUCAAAAAUCAAGUCACCAAAUGCCAUGGCUUGAGUUUGUUAUUCUUCUUAGUUGGAAUCACUGGGAACUUGACUUAUGUAGCCUCAAUCUUAACCGUCGAUCGAUCUCCGGACCACAUUUUAAUCAACCUGAGUUGGUUGAUAGGCAGUGGCGGGACGAUAUUCCUGGACCUCAUAGUACUUUAUCAAUUCUGGAGUUAUCGCCAUGAACGCGCCGAUUCUUCUAUCAUCCGCGAGGAAGUUACAAGCUGAUUUCUUGGAGCCGAUAGAUUUUUACGUGUAGUGAAAAAAAAAAUCCAUGUUUACUUCCUCGUUCACCUAGAUUCUUUUAUCAAUUAAAGCAUCAAACAUAGAAUUGUAUUUUUAUUUAUCUUCCUUUGAUAGGGAAAUCAACUCUGUAGAAUAAAUACUGCAGCAAACGGGAACAGCAUGAACCAUAGCCUUCUUCCUUCUGAUCGGGAUUAUGGAAUGCAUCUUUCUCUUAAUCCUCUCUGAAUCACUCGAUUGCUGUAUUGAUAAUAUUCAGACGGCUGCGCCGAGCCUCGAGCUUAUUGCACAAGAUAC